UCUGUAUUUUUUUGGACUCACUGGCUCUCGCAAUUUCCGUUUUGACGCUGGUCCUCUACUAUAAAUGAAGGCGCGUCCAGGUAUGCAGACCAGUUAUUCACGAUGGCCCCCUCCUUUGAGACCCUCCCCCGCGACGUCCUGGAGCAUGUCGCCCUCCUCACUACUUCCUCAUUAUCCCUUUCAUCUUUAUCCAACAUCCUUUACCUCCUUCUCACCAGCCGAGCCAUACAUCACCAACUCUGCAUUCGCUGCAAUCCGCACCUCUAUGCUCGAAUUUUCCGCGCUAUCUUUGACGUUCCAUUCCACCGUUCAUGCAUCCCUCCCGACUCUGCCGUGGCUGCGGAACUGUCGCAGCGAUUCCGUUUAAUACGGCGGAUCCAACGUAGCGACUACUCCACCAAGGCCUUAAGGCAGGAUUUAUGGACUGCAUAUGGGAUGGUUCUAGAAAACGAAGGCUUGAAUGUGUCUCAUCUUAGAGGCGUUGGCUUUCUCGGGUUCCUUGACGGGCUUGUUCGCAAGUCAAUAACGGAAGGCACUGCGAACAAUGAUGCCAUCGAAUGCAUGGGUCUAGCCAUCUGGCUGCUUGCUUUGACGAUAACGAGACGUGACAUUAAUAGCAGAUCCGAAGCCUCGCGAGAUGAGCUACUACUUCUCCUUCGGCCCUUCGUACUAUCUAUGGAUAAGACAUCUCGAGCAAAUGCCAUCAACCACCCAAGAAAUACUUCCUCGCACGUGUCAACUCAAAAGAACUCCUUCGAUAAGGGGGAUAUAAUUUACUAUUCCCACAAGCAGACGCCUGAACCUUCAUGCCCAAACCUCUCCUCAGCGGUGAUUAUCCUGACUUUUGCUCUCAAGCAAGGGGAUGGCCCGCGAUGUAUACCGCCUGACAUCCCGGUGAAUAGGGCCGCAGCAACAGCGAUGCAGUGGACGGGCCCUACACAGGAGGACUACUACGCCGUAGCCAGCUACAAAACACCACUCUUCGCAGACGUUCGCCAGACUUCUAUAGCCAUAAGGGAGGAGUCCAGGACUACCGCCGCUCUGGAUACACUGGCGCACGAAUAUGGCUAUGGAGCCUUUCAGGACGAUCCCUGCUUGCAUCAGCUCGGUGCGUCGGCCUCCGACACCGUAUAUCGAUACAUUCACCAAAGUCUUCCUGGCGUGUGGGAGGGGAUGUACUUGGUUUCACCGCUUGAGACCAGCUCUUCUUCAACGCUGCCUGAUGACACGGAUGUGGACUUCAUUUGCCAAUCGCCUAUGCAAUGCGCUGUGUCUGUUCACUUUUGUUAUAGCCCAAACGUCCCUGUGUCUUCUGAGCACAUGGGGGAAGAUCCACUCCACUGGAACGUCGACCCACUCAGUCUUUUCCAGUCACCAUCUUUCUCAAAAAACGGCCGGAAGACUAACGGUCGAAGGGAAUAUUGCUAUGAUACGGACUUACCUAGCGGGCUGAAUGCUCCAUACGACGCAUGGCGCGACCCUGGCCAAGCUUUAGACUGUAUUAUCACGGGAAAGACGCUUGAGGGCCACGACGAGGCUUGGGGUGCAUACAAAUUCUAUGGACGCGUUUACAGAGAUGGUAGCAUCGUCAUGAAGCGGGUGCCGAAGAACAGCUGGGAGACGGGCCUGGGUACAUGGAUAUUCGAAGGGCAUCUCGGGUAUGGUGCUUCUUGGGUGGGGAAAUGGCGAUCAAGUGUUGCGCCAGGGGAUGUAGGACCGCAGGGUAUAUUCAGCAUGAGAAAACGCGGUCCGGAGAAGACUUGACCACCAACGUUGAGUGAUCGACAGACUAGAAGAAUUUUCUGGAUCCAUGGCCUCGAGCAUCAUCAUCUGUUGUUCUGGUUUGACAUAUUUUACAGUACUAAACCACGUUAAUGUCGGGUUAUUGAUAUAUUUAGAUGUUUCCGAA